CAGUCAGUUUACAUUCGGACGCGGCGGUGGCUAAAAGUGUUGCAAAUUGUCAAGCGGAUGAAAAAGGACUUUGCUUUCAAUAAAAUAGCAGCACAUAGCAGAGCAUAGUAGAGCAUAGCAGAGACCAACUAAGUGCUCAGUGUACACAUACAUACAUAUGUACAUUGCGUAAGCGCGCUUGUGUGCGUGUGUGUUUAAAGUGUUGUGUAAGCUCGUAAUUUGCGUGCAACAAAGGAAACGGAAAUUGCAAACGUAAAUUACACAGGUCAUUAAAGCGUUUUUCAGCGAACGAACGAACGAACGACGCAAAGCAAACGCAGAAAAAUAAGCGAAAACACACUUUACACGUAUAUAAACAAAAAAACAUAGAAACAUAUAAAAGCGACCGAAAAAUAAUCGAAACAAUAAAAGUCUUGAGUGCAACUGUUACAUCUAAUACGCUUAACGUAUCGUUGUUGUUGUUAUUGUGAAACGUUACAAACCAGAAAAACAGCAGAAAAAUGAGGUGUUUACUUUUGAUUGCCUGCAUUUGUCUGGUGUUGAUGUCAUCCGGUCUGAGUGGCGCUGAUGCCAAGAAGAAGAAAUACGUUGGCGAAAAUGGCGGCGAUUUCGAGUUUAUCGAUGAGAUAAAUAAAAACUCGCAAGUGCCCUCGAAGAGCAGCAAUGGUGAACGCAAGCGUUGGAUUCACGAUCCUACAAGUGACCUCUGCCGGCCGUUAAAUUGCAAGAAGCGUGAAAUUUGUCUGCUCGAGGAUGAGUACAGCGCUGUAUGUGUGUCGAAGCGUGACUUACACAAGAACCGUGAUGAAAUAAUCACGAAAGCCAAGUACUUGGAGGAGGAGGCGGCUAAACGGCGCGCCAAUAAGGACAACGCCAACAACAACAACAUCAAUAUUAACAACAACAGCGAGAAUGACAAUGAUGAUGAGGAUGCGAAGAAUUUCAGCUCAGACGAGGAGUCCCGUGAGGAUGAUGUCUUCUAUGAGAACAACAACACAGCCGGCGAUAAGGACGACGAAGAGGAUGAAGACAAUUGCAAGCCCUGCCCGGUGGCAAAGCCGACUUUCUUAUGCGGCGCCGACAACCGUACAUACUCAUCGCUAUGCAGAUUGGAUUACCACAACUGCAUACAUUCCACAACCAUAAGGAUAGCGUGCAAGGGAUUCUGUCCAUGCAAGGAAAAUACGGAUGGCAAACGUUUACAGCGUCUCAGUGAGCGUCAAAGUGCUUUUAAUGCCAAAUAUAAGAAGACCAUAGAGCAACAGCAGCAGCAACAGCAACAACAGCAAAAGCAACAAAUGCAACAACAAUUAAUGUACAAGGAUAACAGCAAUAGCAACAACAUUAUGGGCAACUCCAAUGACAAUUUGGACAACACUUUGAACAGCAACAAUUUUAAUGCUAUUAUGGACGAUAAGGACGAUAACAAUCGCCAUUACAAUCACAUAAAUUCGCAAUUCACAUUCACACCGGAGGAAAUCAAAUACGAUAACAAACACUAUAAGUAUCUCAAGUACACCGCCUACAAGAAGGACAACCAAUACCCCGAGGACAAACAUAAAAUCCGUGGCUAUAAUGAGGUGGUCGAGAAACCACAAAAGUACAACAAGAAUAGCAUGAACAAUGGUUUCCUACCCUCCAAAUCGCCCGAAUGCAAGCCACAACAAUUGACCGCCAUCGGCAAUCGCCUGCUCGACUGGUUCUCCGUUAUAAUGGCCGACAGCAAGAAACGACGACAACAUAGCCAAAAAUCCAAGGCGCACUUCCCACCCGCCUGCAAGACCGAGGCCAAAUGGAUGUUCGGCCAUUUGGAUUUGAACAAUGACGGCUAUUUGUCGCUGCAGGAAAUGUACGACUUGGAGCAUGAUCAGAAUGAGCGUUGCAUUAAGCCGUUCAUCGAUACGUGCGAUUUGGAUCAGGAUAAUUCGAUUAAUACGCGCGAAUGGUGCCGCUGCUUCGAGAAGACCGAUCGCCCAUGCGCCGCGGUACGACGAAGAAUCGCUGGCGAUUUUGCAGGUGAGAUAGGCGCCUAUGCACCCGAUUGCGAUAUUCAGGGUUUCUACAAACCCACUCAAUGUCAUAAUUCUGUCGGCGUUUGCUGGUGUGUGGAUAAACAUGGAGUCGAAUUCGCCAACACACGUACUCGUGGCAAGCCCAAUUGUGAGUCCGUUGUGAAUAACGCCUCAUCACUCACCUCCGACGAUGAGGACGAGGAGACCGACGACGACGACAGUGCGGAAGGAAGUGCCGAUCAAAUGUUGGUAUUCUAAAUGAAAUGAAACGAAACGAAACUAAGUGGCAGAGUUUGAAAACGCUGAACACGAGAGAGGUGCGGGAGUGGAUGGUGUGUAACGGAAGCUUACUUGAAGAGACAGCAGGUGAUGGAUGCAGUGCAGUGCGUUAGAAAAGAAGUAAGAAGCAGAAAAAGGAUAUCUCAAACUUAUGAUUUUAAUUUGAAGCAUUACUUAAGUAAAAAUAUAUAUAUAUACAGACAUAAAUAUAUAAGAACAAUGCUGUUUAAGCAGGUAACAAGUGUUGGCGCAAAUUGCAGCAGAAAUCUUUAUAAAACACAAGCGUAAAAGCGGCGAAAGCGCUGCAGUCGAGGUGAAAAUUGGCGAAUAUGUGCGCAAUGAAAAAUUAAUUUUGUAUGUAAAUUAAUUUUUAUAAAUAAAAAAAUAUAUAUAUACAUAUACAUACAUACCAUAUAUAUGUAUGCAUGAAAGAAAGUAUUAAGAAUUAUUGUAAAAUUAUUACAAAAACAAUAGUAACAAUUAGCGUAUUCAUUUCCAUUCAAAGCUAUUCAUUUCCUGCAUGCGCUCACCGCUAAUUGCACAGGGUUGCAUUGCGCUUAUACUUUGUACGCCGCACGCAAUUGCAUAGUACAGUAAUGUAAUAAUAUUAGUAACUAAUGGGAAAUGGUAAGAUUGGCAGCGCGAGCGAGACGCUGCAGAAUUUUAAAGCUUAUGCAAAUUUGCGAAAAAAUGAAGUGAGAAGAGGAAGAAAAGGAAAAUAAAAUUAAAUUAAAAGUAAUGGUAAAGUAGAGCUGCAUAGAAAACGUAUUGUGUGUUGUUUUUGUAAAGAAAAAAAGUAGAGUAAAAAAACAUACCUGCAAGCUUUGGAGUAGUAAGCGCUUACACGAGCAUACAGCGAAACAUACACAGACACAUACAGGGACAUAUACCGACACUUAGAAAACAUGCUACACACACACAUUCAUAAAACAUACAUACCGCUCACUCAUACGAAAUAGCAACAUAAUGGCAGUAAACACAAGCGGAAAAGAACAAAAAACACAAAAAAAAAAAAAACACAACAACAAAAACAAAACUUAAAAAAAGCUAAGAAUGCAACAACAACAGCAACAAAAGUGAAACAUCUAACUCCCACACAAGCAAUACAAUGUAAUCCGUUUAAUAUUCUUGUUUGAAUUCUCAUGCCGUCGUUAGCUUAUAAAGUGUAGCCAAUUAGAAGAAAGCUAAAUAUAAAAUAAAUUGAAUUAAAAAAGUAAAAUAAAAAGCAUAAAGAAAUUUAUAAAAAGUCAAAGUUUAAGAGCAAAUUAGCGCCUAAGCUGUUGGUCAACUCAUUCUCGACACAAACGAUCAUUUCUAAACUUACAUACAUAUAUACGUACAUAUUACUUACCUAUCGUCAUCUAAAAUGCAAAACAACGUAUCUUCAAAAAACUAGACAUUGAGUUUCUUAUUGCUUACGAAUCACUACAUCAUAUUACAUACAUACAUACAUAUAUGUAGCAUAAAACUUUCAGCUUUCGCGGUUAGAAAUAACCAAUACAUAACCAAUAUAUAACCCAUAUAUAACCAUUUUAUAACCAAAACUCAAAUUUUGUUGCCAUAUGUGGGGUUUCUAUUAUAUCAAAUUUCCUGCGCCCGUAAACUUAUAAAAAGUGAUGUUACGUUAUUUUGCAUUUUAUGUGACGAUGUACUAUAUACACAUACAUACAUACAUACAUAUAUAUUUACUUCGCAUUAAUUUUUCACAUUUCACUCAAAUUUUGUUGUUCUACAUACUCCGUUGGAUAAACUUAUGUAUCGUACACGCUAAAAUUCCGCCCAAUAAAUUUUGUGAUAAGUUUUCAAAAUAAAAAAAUUAAUAAUAAUAACAAAACAACAACAACAACUAAAGCAAAUAUGUAUGCAUUUAAGAAAACGCGAAAAAGGUGAAAAAGAAAGCACACCAGCAAGUAAAAUAUAAUUUGAAACGCCACACACACACAUACACUAAUACCAAAACACUGCAUGUUCGUUUAAACCGAGCUUAAGUUGCAACUUAAAAACAAAAGUGAACUUUAACAAAAACAUAUUUACUAAACUAAACUAAAGACGGCGCGCAGAAAUGCAGCAGCAAAUAGAAAAAAUAAAAUAUAAAGAAGAAGAGCAGAAAGCAGAGGGCGCUGCCAGCUGCUUUGCAAAGUUUAGAUGAAAGCAUAAUAACUAAGUGACAGUAAUAAAUUGAUAAAUAAAAGAGUAAUUAAUGUGAAACUGCUACCUACCUUAUAAACUGGAAAGAGUUGCCAACAUAGUUGUAUUUAAUGAAACCAAUGAUAAGCUUAUUGAGUGCACGAGUAACGUUGAUAAAUAUGUGUAGUGCAAGUAGGAGAAAAAUGUCGCGCUGAGAGAAAGUAAAUAAAUAUAUACACAUAAAUAAUAAUAGCAUUUUACAUACUAUUUUAAUUUUUCAAAUAUUUAUUUUAAUACAAAUCGCUUAACUUGUGCACAAAACAAUUAUGAGCUUUCACACGAACUUUCGUUUGAGCUUUCAGGUAUUGCAAAAACCUUCCGUUCAGAUAAAGUACUUCAGUAAUAAAAACUAGUUAUUAUUUCAGCUGCCUUAGCGGGUGUCAAUUGUGCGAGAAUUCUUAUAAGCUUUCAUCAGAGACUGAGAGCUUUAAAAAAUGUUUUCUAUAAAAAUAAUGCAUUCCAAAAAAAAUUCAUUGAGAUAACAUUACAAUACACUUUAAUUCAUAAGUCUAAAGAGCAGAAUAUUUAAAGCUUUCAUGCAAGCUUUCACAAAUUGCGACCAAAUAAAUGCAUAAAAUUUAAUUUUCACAAAAUUGCAAGUUAAUAAUCGUAAAAAAUGAAUUUUAAACUUUAUUUCCAUAAAUCCAAUGAAGAGUUUUGACAUUAAAUGGCGCACUUUGUAUGGCUGCCUAAGAAAAGAAGAUUUUUGGGAAAUAAUUGUUUCAAAAUUCUGAGGCUAUAUUACUACAUAUUUUCAGACUACACAGUAAAAUUUUUGAAGAAAAAUAUUUAAAUAUCUUUUGGAUUACACGCGAUCUCCAACGGCGUUAACAAAAAUGUUGUAUUGGUACCGGCCUGCUUUGUGGAACCAAAAAACAAAUCUCUGUUAAGAUUUCAUUGGAGCUUCCAUUGGAUGAAACCUAAAAAAAUGCUCUUUGGAGCUUUCAUUAAAGCUAUUAUAUAAUCACUGAAAACAUGAAACAUGUUUACAGACAUGACAUCAAUUUCAUUUUAGUACAAUCAAGUACAUAUGGAUUAGAACUUUGUGUAAGUCUCCAUACUUUUCCAGAAUUGUAUGCAGCUUGUGCUUUCAUCAAAAGUAGUUUUCAUAAAGGUCAACAAAACCUUAGUUUUCAUAAACUUUCACUGGAGUUUAAAAGUUUAGUGAAACAGAUUUUCCAUUCAGCUAAAAAGAUUACAAAAUUAAAAGCUUUGGUAGCAAAAGUUUUUAGAACUUCGAAGAAAUUGAAAACAUUGAUAAUUUUAAGUAAUAUGGUUGAACUUUCAUUGCAUAUUGAUAAUUCAAAUAAUAUGGUUGAGCUUUCAUUGUAGUUGAUUCGAAAAAAAUUCGAAAUGCAAUUUAUUUAAAUUAAAAAAAAGUAUUAAAAAUUUUAUUUUCAACUCAAUGAAAGAUUUUAAAGAAUGAUAAUAAUUUUCGUCGGAGCUUUCACACGAGCUUUCGGGAUUUAAUUAAAAAAUAUUAAAACUUUUUCUAUGCGAUUAUGUGGGGCUCAUAUUGUUUGAGGUAUAUAUCGUAUGCGCGAGUGUCACUCGUAAAUACGUUCGUUAUAGUAGUAAACCAUAGUAACACCUUUGAAUAAAAAUUAAUUACAUGCGAUUUUUUAUUGCUUGACACACAUUUUUAUUGCAGCUAAGGAAAUCUUCAAUGCUUUUUAUCAAUAAAUACACGUUUUGCGCAAUAUUUUCUUUAUAAUUGAAAGUAAUAAAGUCUAUGCAACAAGGCACACCGUUAAAGUUUACAAAAACUAUGCUGUAAGUAGUAAAAAACUAUAAAUAUACAUACAUGCAUAUAUACAUAUAUGUAAAUAUAUGUAUGUUUGUGAAGCGAGUUAUGAGCACAGAUUGAAGCGCUUAAUAAGAGGAAAAAGAUUUAGAAAAAGCUAAGCAAACAAAUUAAAUGAGGAAUGCGAAAAAUGGCGGUAAAAAAUAGUAAGAAAUACAACAACAAAAACACAGCAAAGCGUAUUGUGUAAAAAAAAAUAGAUAUUAUUGCAACACAAUUGGCGGCAAUUAAGCGAAAUAAUAGAGAAAAGAUGAUUACAAAUAAAAAACGCUAAACACGAAGCAGAUGAAACUGAUGAUCAAUACAAUUAAGUAAAUAUAAAAUUAAAAAGAAAAAUAGCGACAAGCACACUACAACAAAGCAGUGUGUGAAACCUUCAAUUAUAAGCAUUUUUAGCCAAUAAUAAUUACCGUAAUUGCUACUUUGAUAAAAUUCGAGAGAAAAUUGAGAAUUAAAUGAAAA